AUAAAACAUUAAAAAAUGUUUCUUAGUUUCAGUGUAGUACAAAAUUAUGAGCUGUGAUUUUAAUUUUCAUUCAUCAAAAUGCCAAGUUCUCCAGCUAUUUCAAGUAAGGAAUUCGACCUCACAAAUUCCAGUACAGCUGAUAUCAAAUCGAUUGGAGGUGGUGUUAUUGAUUCCUCAUCAACUGAAGACAAGUUGAAACCAAAAUUAAUUAAAUUAAAUAAACAACCUGAAACGAACAAUAUGAUUCCUGAAGUAGUACCUGGUAGCCCAGAUGUUCAUACAAAACGUCUUGGAAAAGUAACAACGACACAACCAUUAAUUUCCGAAGAAGGUCUUAUAUUACCAAGAAAACCAUUAAAUCCAUGUUUGGAAAACCCCGAUCGACAAAAUUUACAUCGAGAACUUUUAUUUAAUCAAAAAAUUGGCAAAGAUGUUCUAAAUCAAAAGUCUGAAUUACAAAGAGCUUUAGAAAAACAUAAGGAAGCAAAAAUUCGACGUGAGACUGAAAAAGAAAUUCUUGAAACUGCAUCCGAAUUAGAAAAAGUAAUAGCUGAUAGAGCCAAAAAAUUAAUGGAACCCCAAAUUGUACAGGAAGAAGAUGAUAAAGGUUUGAGUAAAGAAUUUUUAAUGGCUCGAGCUAAAUUACGAACACGCACUGAUUCCAAGUAGAUGAUAUCUUUAGUAGUUCUUUAAACAAAAAAACAAAGAUAAAUAUAUUUUUUCAUACUGCAGUUGUUGUACAUUUCAAAUUUCAGCUUCGAGAGUUCCAUAGAUUCAUAAAAUCUAAGAUUAUUUUUAAUAGACUUAAAAAAAUGACGAUAGAGAUAAAAUAUGUGAAAAUAUCUUACAGAGAAAGAAAAAAAGAUUAAGGGUCUAUUAAAAGGUAUUCCAUGUGGUUAAGUUAGAGUAGCUGUUCUGGGGUGGACAAACUUAGACCAAAGAGUCCGUUGUGAUACCGAAAAGAAUUGGCCCACCUCUGGUAUCUUCUCCAUGAUCCAAUUGGAGUUGUUUAAGAAUAGUAAGAAUACUAUGACGUCAACGGACUUAAGGUCGUCAAAGAAAGACUAACUUAUGGCAAGGACUGAUAGUGGCAGAGAAGAUAAGACGAAAUGAAUAAAUAAUUUUUCUUAUAGAAAAGAAAAUCUAUGGAACUCAGAAGAACAUAUACAACGGUGUAUGUUGUUAUAUCUUGGCCAACUCUUUUUUAUAGUAUUUCUAGAAUUUAAUGAUAUCGAAUAUUCUAAGUGUAUGUCUUUUUUUUAGAUUAAGAAAUUUUUUUUAAGUAAAAUUGACCUGCAAAU